AUGCCCAUCGACAAGAUCCUGUCGUGCAACCAGAGGGAUAAGCGUUGGCAUGACGAUGAAACAGUUCGUACCGCCGAGGCAGCAGCGAAGCGGAACGCCGUGAAGGUCCCGCACUACGAGCUGCCGAGGCUGAAGCAAAGCGUGGGUAAGAAAGAGCAGCAAGCAUCACAACAGAAACUUCUCACUGAGAUCCCAACCUCGGUUGUGGGAUUCAUCGCGAAGAAUAGAUCGAUAGAAAAAAGCCAUCGUAAGAAAAGUGACCCGGGUAAGGACAAGCAGGAGGAAGCACAACAUAAAGUUGCCACUGAGUGUCCAACCCGGUUUGUGGGAUUCCUUGCGAAGAGAAGAUCGAUAGAAAAAAAAGCUAUCGUACCGAAAAUUGACCAGGCUAAGGACGACCAGGAGGAUUCAGAACAGAAGGUUCCCACUGAGAUCCGAACCUCCUUUCUGGGAUUCAUCGCGAAGAACAGAUCGAUAGAAAAAGGUAUCAUAGCAAGAAGUGACCUGGGUAAGGACGAGCAAGAGGAAUCAAAACAGAAAGUUACCACUGAGUGUCCAACCAGGUUUGUGGGAUUCAUCGCGAAGAAAAUAUCCAUAGAAAAGGUUAUCGUACCGAAAAUUGACCAGGGUAAGGACAAGGAGGAGGAUGCACAACAGAAAGUUCCCACUGAGAUCCAAACCCGGCUUGUGGGAUUCCUCGCGAAGAAAAGAUCCAUUGAAAAAGCUAUCGUACCGAAAAUUGACCAGGGUAACGACGAGGAGGAGGAAGCACAACAGAAAGUUCCCACUGAGAUCCAAACCCGGUUUGUGGGAUUCAGCGCGAAGAAAAGAUCCAUUGAAAAAGCUAUCGUACCGAAAAUUGACCAGGGUAACGACGAGGAGGAGGAAGCACAACAGAAAGUUCCCACUGAGAUCCAAACCCGGUUUGUGGGAUUCAGCGCGAAGAAAAGAUCCAUUGAAAAAGCUAUCGUACCGAAAAUUGACCAGGCUAAGGACGAGCAGGAGGAUUCACAACAGAAGGUUCCCACUGAGCUCCGAACCUCGUUUCUGGGAUUCAUCGCGAAGAACAGAUCGAUAGAAAAAGCUAUCAUAGCGAAAAGUGGGCAGAGUAAGGACGAACAGGAGGAAUCACAACAGAAAGUUCCAACUGAGAGCCCAGCCUGGGGGCUUAAUCGUUUCAUCAUUGUUACGGUCGUUACAAGCUAA